AUGAAAGAUCUUGGUUCUUUCAGUUAUUUUCUUAGUCUCGAGGUCAUAUCCACAAAUGAUGGCAUCUAUCUCACUCAAGCUAAGUAUGCUUUAGAUCUUCUUGUUCGUGCCGGGAUUACAGACAGUCAUACUGAGUUUACUCUCCUUGAGCCUAAUGUUCAUUUUACUCCUAUGGAUGACACUGUUUUGGAUAAUCCUACUCUUUAUCGACAGUUAGUUGGAGGACUUGUCUACUUAACUGUCACCCGACCAGACAUUGCCUAUCCAAUUCAUGUUCUUAACCAGUUCUUGUCAGCUCCUCGUAUUACUCACUAUGUGACAGUUCUUCGCGAAUACUCAGAUGCUGAUUGGCCUGGUGAUCCCUCUGAUCGUCAUUCUAUUACUGGUUAUUGUUUAUUUCUUGGAGACUCUCUCAUUUUAUGGCAAGCUAAGAAGCAAACGUUCACUGCUCGAUCAAGCACAGAAGUUGAAUACCAUGCUCUCGCUAACACCACUGCUAUGAUUGCCCAUAAUGAUGUGUUUCAUGAACGCACCGAACAUAUUGAGAUUGAUUGUCACCUUGUUCGACAAUGCAUCCUUAUUGAUGCUGUUCGUCUCAUCGCUGUUGUAACACUAGAUUAG